AGUUUCUUUUUCUUUCUCUGAACGAGCCCUACUCUUCUCACAUCUUUUUCGCCACUCUCCAGCUCUCAAUCUCUCACGAGACUCUAAACCCACUUAGGGUUUACUACAGAGAAGCAGAAAACAGGGCAAAAAUGGCGUCAUCUAAUGCAACUGCACCGAGGCAGCUGUCUCAGAAGGAGGCCGACAUUCAGAUGAUGUUGGCUGCUGAAGUACACCUUGGAACCAAGAACUGUGACUUCCAGAUGGAACGUUACGUCUUCAAGCGCAGGAAUGAUGGUAUUUAUAUCAUCAAUCUUGGCAAGACAUGGGAGAAGCUUCAGAUGGCAGCCAGAGUUAUUGUUGCCAUUGAGAACCCUCAGGACAUUAUUGUCCAGUCUGCUAGGCCCUAUGGUCAAAGAGCUGUUCUGAAAUUUGCCCAGUACACUGGUUGCCAUGCCAUUGCUGGAAGGCACACUCCUGGUACAUUCACCAACCAGCUUCAGACUUCGUUCAGUGAGCCUCGUCUGCUUAUCCUGACUGAUCCAAGAACCGAUCACCAGCCUAUUAAGGAAGCAGCUCUUGGGAACAUCCCCACCAUUGCCUUCUGUGAUACUGAUUCACCAAUGCGUUAUGUUGAUAUUGGUAUCCCUGCCAAUAACAAGGGCAAGCACAGCAUUGGGUGCCUCUUCUGGCUUUUGGCUAGGAUGGUUCUGCAGAUGCGGGGCACAAUUCGUCCUGGCCAUAAGUGGGAUGUCAUGGUGGACUUGUUCUUCUACAGGGAACCUGAGGAGGCCAAGCAAGCUGAAGAAGAAGAGCUUGCUGCUCCCAUUGAAUUUGGAAGUACUGCUCCUGACUAUGCCAUGAACUUGGCUAGCGAUCAAUGGCCUACCCAAAUCUCUGAUUCACAGUGGCCCGGUGAAGCUCAGAAACCCAUUGCUGCUGUUCCUGGUACCUUUUUCCCAGACGUUCCUUUGCCAGCUGGAGAGGGAUGGGAUGCCGUGCCUGCUCCACAACUGGCUGGAGUUGCCCCCGACGUACCUGCCCCUCCUGCCCCUCAAGCUACUGGCUGGGAUUAAGGGCAGCAUUGCGCAACUAGUUUUGUCUUGACCCCAUUUCCUACCAUUCCCUUCAUAAUUACGGCCUAGUUUUGAACUAUUAUUAUUUUAUGUUUUGGCAAAGAACUUGGUUUUUUUUUGGCACAGUUUAGUUUUAGACAUUGAGAGUUAGGUUUUGUUAUUCAUGAUGAUGAUAUCUGAAGUGAUGAAUAUUUUGUUAUGUUACAAUUAUUAUCCCAAAGUUACCCAAGUUUUUGUGUUUGUCAA